AUAAACCAUGUCUCCCUAAAUUUUCAGAAACAUUCCAAACAUCGAGUCAAAUCCAAACGCAGAGUUGUACAUCAUAAGCCGUAUGACCAGGAGGCUAAAGAUUCGACCCAUCCCGACCAAUCAGGUGAACGCGGAUAUUGGCGACAUCUGCGAGUACUACAUCCACGAUUAUAACAACGAUUGGUAUGAUCUUCAAAUGUACGUUAUCGGGAGUGACGAGUACGUUGGCAGCGUUGAGAAGGUUUCCCCCAUGACAGAUUUUCCGGAGAGCAGUACCUUCAAGGAAUACGGGUUUAAGAACCGUAAAAAGAAUUUCACAGGGCUUGACAGGACCGUUAAAAGGGAUGGACAACCCACCCUUAUCGUCUGGCACUACAUGCUAAAUGAUCGCGUCUAAAAUUCAACACAUGAGCGGCUCAGGGGCAAAAAUUUGAAAACCGUGGUGAUCCAGGUGGACCACUAUUAAUUAGACAUUUACAUACAAUGUAACCUGGUUUCAAGGAAUGCUUAGUAUGCUUAUAUUACUGGAGAGUAAUAUAAAAAAAUCAAUCCAUCACGUAGGGAUCACAUGGCACUUCAUCUUUUUAAAACAAUAUUUACGGAAAAUUUCAAUUCUUGAGUGUUUAAAUUUUCUAUCGCUUUAUCCGUUAAACAUUAAGGCCAACGUAUUUUUAUUCAAAAGGCUCAUUCAAGGUAAAGCUUAGAGCCAUGUGAUUCUCAAUUUUGGGCUUGAUUUUUUGAUAUAACUCGACAUAACUGCCUAUGUCCUUUAGACUAUCUUGUAUCAGAGGAAAUUUUAUGUUACAAUAUUUUGAAAUUUUCACC